AUGACGUCGAAUAGUGACGGUUCAAGUACCAGUUUGGAAGAGAAACCAAUGAUCGGAGAUGUUGGAACUAAUGGUUCUAACAAACCCAUACGCCGGCUUUCGACGCCAUCGCCAGAUCAAGAUCAAGACCAAGAUCAAGACCAAGAUGGAGAUUUUGACGAUGAAGACGAUGACGACAAAUUCAGCGUGAGCACCUCAACUCCCACUCCGACCAUCACAAAAACUAAGGAAAACAGUGGCACAAGCACCACAACGAGGCAGAAGCAGCCGAUCAAGUACAUUGAGAACAAGACCCGGAGGCAUGUCACUUUUUCCAAGAGGCGGCACGGGAUUAUGAAAAAAGCAUAUGAGCUCUCCGUUCUGACGGGCGCCAACAUCCUACUACUAAUUCUAGCCAACUCCGGUCUGGUUUACACUUUCACCACUCCAAAGCUUGAACCGGUGGUACGGGAAACCGAGGGUAAGAGCCUCAUCAGGGCAUGCAUCAAUGCUUCUGACACUCCUGACGCUCCCGAUACAUCACCGGCACAGGAACAAUCUCCGGCCAACUGA